AUGACAUCAGCUGCCAAGCACGGUGGCACCUGCCAUCCCUGCGCCCGGACUGAGCCACCGCCACCUUUGCCCGCCCGGCAGCCGUCCUCCCCAGCCCUGACAGCCCUACGGACCUUAGCAGUAGGAUAUUACCUCGGCACUCUAUCGUUUUUCUUUUCCACAAUUCACAAUUCACCCUCCUCUCCUGCUUUUGUGUCUCUGCCUUCAUUUGAUGAUAUGAGCGCGCCGGAUGAAGGGCGCCAACGUGCUCGUGCACACCCACGCACCGUGCCUGGCGCGAGUUAUGCACCGCUCUCGUCACGUGCCUUGCAACCUCGCCCAAACACGGUGAUAGACGUGCAAGAGGUCCACCGGGUCCUUGAAUGCUCACAGCUACAGCGCCGGUUUCACUAUCAGCAGCUCGUCAGGCAAUACACAGGGCAGAUCUUAGUCGGCUGCAAGAACCCAAACUGUGAAACCGUCACCUGUUUCUCGCGCAAUGCCCGAAAUGCCACACGACCCUAUCGCCCUCCUUCCCAACUCACUGCCCAUGCAUUAGCCAAUUACCUUGCCAGCCAAGAUGAUCCCUAUCAGGCACUCUGUCCCCACCGACCGCCACUCAAGAACCCAGACACAGACUGGGAGACGAACCAAGACAACGUUAAAAUUGGUAUAUAUCAGGGUAACGCCAAUGGAAAUCGCCAGUUCAUCGUGUAUCCCACAACAUGGAAACUGGCUCGUCAGUACAGACGCGCCCUUGGUCCACGAGGUUUGAUAAUGCCGUCUUCGAUGAGCACACACGAUGCACAUACUCCGCAGACUACACUGGAUGUCAUCAACAGUCAGCGCCAGUUACGGAAAGACGUAAAGUCCCUUGGCCAGAACCUAUAUAACAGUCUCAGCAUGAUGGCUGCUUAUACCCAGCAAAUUGCGAAUCCCAGUUCUGUUCUGACCUUGCUCCGCGCAUCGACUGAUACAUCCUCAAGAAAUGGCGCAACACACAAUGAGAGUGCAGCUCAUGGCUUGCAAUCAGUAGCAUCAUCAGACACAACAAAAGCAGAUCAUGAAAUUGACUCAUCAACAAGCGCUCCCACUGUCAUGACUCAAACACGUGAACCCCCACGCAUCGUUCGGGAACGUUUGCAACAACAGUCUGCUCAAUGCAGCGACAAAUCAUAUUCAGAGCAAACGAGUCAACACGUUCCAGGUAGUGACGGUCACCAGAUCCAUAGGAUUCCCUAUCAGCCUGUCACUGCGGCUGAAAGCAAAGCAACGACAUCUCCCAACUCUGCUGGAACUCGUCGCUACUCAACAUCGACAAAGCUCUCCAUUAAGAAGACAGGCAAGAAGAGCUUCACAUUAGGUGGUGGCAUUGAGUCAGACAUGGGGCGGUCAAAGCCUCCGGUCAAAGUCCUGUGUUCAAGUGAGCCUCGUAGGGUUGUCGACCGCUCAGCUCCUACGCUGCCAGUCUUUCCGAUACUCAAUUGCGACAUUAUCGAUAACUUCAAGGAGCACGUUCAUCGCCACCGCAAAUAUCAGACAGCCGAGUUUAACUAUGCCGUGGACUAUGAUAACAACCGUCACUACCGACCCACAACACCUCUUGUCAACCGUUCGCUGUUUUACACCUUGAGCGAUCCCGAAACACUGCUCAAGUCAUUUCGUGUCGCAAAUAGAGAAUUUGGAGACUCGCCGCUCCCUCAUCUCGACUCAGCACGCCUGACACAAUCCUUUCGCGAUUGGAGUAGACACAAUGGCGCGCUCAUAUUCGAUAGUUUGUGGAUGGCAGUAGAAGCCCUCUUUACACCCCCGCCGGAACUUGUUGACCUGGAAAGCCCUCCCAAACAGCCGUUGGGUGUAAGCAGGUCUCCAGGCGCCCCGACAGAACCUUUGACGAAUGAUGGUGCCAAAACAAAACCAGUGCCUCGAUACCUGACUGUGCACGAAGCUGCUCACAUAGUCGUCAUAUGUAUCCAUGCACUCACUUCUCUGGUCCCAGUUGGCUGGCCACAUGUAUGGCUCCAGGUCCGUAAACUACGAUCAUGGGGCAUCAUUGUUCCAACUGCAGCUCCCAAUUUGGACACUUUCGCACAUCCGUUUAUGGACAUCAUCGAUGGAUUGGAAUACGAGCCUGCACUCCGCCUCGCGGACCGUUUACUUCGUGCUAUUGGGGCUCGAAUGUGCUUUGAACAUAUUCUAAAGGAUCGGCGUCGGAGAGACGUCACCAGUGAAUAUCCAGGACCAACGUUACUCGAGGAUGGUCUUGUUGAGAUUAUUGUGCAGCACCUGAUUGUCACAGAGCGCGUUGCAAUCGAAAACAAACGAAGACUGAACCCAAGCCAUGCUAGACGCGAAGACCCAGGAUGGACAGUGACUGCCACGUUUCUGGAGUGGUCACGAACCGUUCUACUCAAGAAGUGGGACAGCAAGCCUCAGAUCCCCAAAUGGGGCAGUGUGGAUGUGCAUUGCGACGCACUCAACCUGCGCUUCUCUAUGUUCGAGAUGCCCUUUCUCAGCGAACGGAUCGAUUCUUUCGAUGAGCCAUUGAGGUUCCUUGAUUGGGAGCCCACACUGAACCAUCUGCACGUCUACCAGUAUCCAUGCUUUUUCUCGACACACCAAGUAGUCACUUACUUCCGCACCAUCAAUUUCACGACCAUGUUUUCGCAGUACAAUCAUACCGUGCGCACUCAAAGUGUGCAGAGAUCGCUUGAGAUCUUUCUCCGAGGGUCAAUGGCUGAGUUGCUCUCCUCUCAGAUGCAGACGACAUUUUGUGAACAACUGUUCCUGACGGUGAGCCGCGAAAACGCGCUUGAAGAUACGUUAGACAUGCUCUGGGGACAAGAGAAACGAAUGUUGUUGAAGCCGCUUAAGGUGAAGAUUGGGACAGAGGACACGGGCGACUAUGGUACGGAUCUGGGUGGAGUGACCAACGAGUACUUUAGCCUAGUGCUCGGUGAAGCUUUCAGGCCGGAAAACGGGAUGUUCACCAUCGACCCGCAGACUCGUAUGACCUGGUUCCAGCCAGGCUCAUUGGAAGCACCAUGGAAGUUUGAGAUGAUUGGCUUGCUAUUUAGUAUUGCCGUGUACAACGGUGUGACGCUGCCUGUGACCUUUCCUCUUGCCUUCUAUCACAUGAUGCUAAGUCCGGUCGACUCAUCCAAGGAAGACCUUGUCAAAAUCUCAACUGUAGAUUUUAUCAAGGAUGGCUGGCCCGAUCUAGCCAAAUCUUUUGGCGAGCUACUCUCGUGGAGCGAUGGGGACGUGGGCGAGGUCAUCAUGCGCGACGCCGUCUUCAGCUACGAGGUAUUUGGCCACAGGAUCGACCACAACAUGGCCUACCCGUUUGGCCACGAUCCACUGGAAGCCGACUCGGAGCCCGAAGUCGUCACCAAUGCCAACCGAGAAGAGUUUGUGGGCAAGUACAUCUACUUCCUCACGUACGCUUCGGUCGAGACCCAACUCGUCGCCUUCAAAAAGGGGUUCCUGACCUGUCUGCAACCCAAAAGCCUCCGAUACUUUAGCCCAGCCUUUCUGCGCAAGCUUGUCGAAGGCUCCCAUGACAUCUCCAUGACGGCUCUGCGGCGCGUCGUAGAUUACGACGAGGGCUACACGCCUACUAGCGCCACCGUCCGCGCCUUCUGGAAGGUGGCCGAGUCGUACGAUCAGGAGGAUGCGCGGCGCCUGCUCGAAUUCGUCACGGCAUCGAAUCGCAUCCCCGUGACGGGGUAUGAGAAUGUGAUGUUCAAGAUUAGCAAGGUGGGCGGGCAGCCGCACGCUCUGCCGAGUAGCUCGACGUGUUUUGGCAGGCUGUAUUUGCCGGAUUAUGCAGAUGUGGAGGUUUUGAGGCAGAAGUUGGGGUUGGCGAUUACGCACUCGAGGGGCUUUGGUGUUUUGUAA